GUUUCUUUUCCAUAACCACACAUAAUCAUAAAUAAACAAAACCAAUGUCUUCUUCAUGGAAAGAACUAGAAAAAUUUCGAAUUCCUCUUGAAGAAAUCAGCAUGGCCACAAAACAAUUCAAUCCAGAAAAUCAAAUUGGCAAUGGUGGAUUUGGGACCGUAUACAAAGGUAAACUCUCAGAAAAAUGGGCAAAAGGUGAUGUAGCCUUCAAAUGUCUUGAUCGGCAGAGUUAUCAAGGAAGCCACGAGUUCUAUAAUGAAGUCAUGAUAGUUUCCAGGUUCAAAGAUUCUAACAUCAUUUCUUUCAUUGGUUAUUGUGAUGAAGACAACAAGAUGAUUAUAGUUUAUGAAUAUGCUAACCAAGGAAGCCUUGAUUCUCAUCUUGUACGCCCAGAUUUGAAGCGUAGAUUAACAUGGGCAAAACGGUUAAAUAUUUGCUUAGGGGCAGCAACCGGACUCACGAACCUUCACUCUAAUCUCCAGAAUCAAGAAACUGUAAUUCACAGAGAUGUGAAGAGUGCAAAUAUAUUGUUAGAUGAAGAUCUGAAUGCAAAAAUUUGUGAUUUUGGUUUGUCAAAAUUUGGUCCAAAAGAUUCUACAUAUACACAAAUCUUUACAAGGCCUGCUGGAACAAACUUUUACAUAGAUCCUUAUUACAACGCAACACAUCGGCUCUCGGGAAAAGCAGACGUGUACUCAUUUGGAGUGGUUUUGUUUGAAAUGUUGAGGGGGACUUUGGCUUAUCUUGCAUUGCCUGAUGAAGAUAAUAAGAAUGAAUAUCUGAUUGGCCAAGUGUGGAGACUCUAUGACAAACAUCCGAAGAAGUUAAUUGAUCCCUUUUUAAGCAGUGGCAUUGAUGAAAAGUCUUUUGAAAAAUUCAAAGAAGUUGCAUUUGAUUGCAUUCAGGUUGAUGCUGAAAAUCGCCCUUCGAUGAGUGUGGUCAUGCAGAAGCUUCAAUUAGCGGUGAAAUUUCAUAAGGAGAAGAAGAAGAAUUCUGCUGUUGUGACUACUGAAGCAGUGGUGAAAUUCCUACAAAUCCACAAAUUAUACCCUGAGUUACGACCUUACGAAGAUCAAAUUGAAUAUAGAAUGAACACAUUUUUCAAACAGAAGAUGCUCAUUGAAGAGCAUGAAUGCCAUCUUGAAGAAUUUGCACAAGGUUAUUUGAAAUUUGGGCUUAAUAGAGAACAAGGGGGCAUUGUCUAUCGUGAAUGGGCACCAGCUGCGGCGGAGGCAUAUCUGUUUGGAGACUUUAAUGGGUGGAAUAGAUGGAGCCACAAGAUGGAAAGACAUAUGUUUGGAGUAUGGAGCAUCAAAAUUCCUGAUGUCAAUGGGGUUUCAGUCAUUCCUCAUAAUACAAAGGUUAAAUUCACAUUCAAGCACCAUCAGAACGGAGGUUGGAUUGACCGGGUGCCAGCUUGGAUUAACUUCACAAAACCUGCUUCCACUUCUGGUUUGGACGGCGUUUACAGGGACCCACAGGACCCAGGAAGGUAUGAAUUUGAAAACAGUCGUCCAUCAAAACCCAACGCAAGCCACAUAUAUACAGUUCAUUUUGGGAUGAGUAGUAGUUUAGAACCCGGAGUGAAGUCAUACCGAGAACCCAGAGUGAAGUCAUACAGAGAAUUUGCAGACAAUAUUUUACCUCGGGUUAAGGACAACAAAUAUAACACCAUCCUAAUGAAGGGGGUAAUGGAGCAUUCUCAUUACGGAUCAUUCGGCUACUAUGUUACCAACUUUUUUGCUGUGAGUAGUAUCUCAGGAACACCAGAAGACCUAAAAUACUUAAUAGAUAAAGCACAUGGAUUUGGUUUACGUGUUUUGAUGGAUGUUGUUCAUAGCCAUGUAAGUUCGGAUGAUGUAUACGGGCUCUAUGGAUUUCAUGUUGGCCAAGCCACACAGGACUCUUACUUCCAGAAUUCAUGCCAUGAUGAUCGUAGGUUUUUCAAUUAUUCGAAUUGGGAGGUUCUUCGUUUCCUUUUAUCUAAUUUGAGGUGGUGGCUUGAGGAGUUCAUGUUUGAUGGCUUUCGCUUCCAUGGGAUAACCUCCAUGUUAUAUCAUCACCAUGGAAUCGAGUUUGCAUUUACGGGAAAGUACAAUGAGUACUUCGGUGAUUCGAUAAAUGUUGAUGCUAUAGUUUAUAUGAUGCUUGCAAAUUUUUUGAUUCAUAAGUUAUUGCCUGAUGCAACUGUGAUUGCUGAUGAUGUUUCGGGAAUGCCUGGUCUUUGUGUGCCUGUGGAGGAGGGUGGGAUCGGGUUUGAUUUUGGGUAGUUGUGACCAUUUCGGAUGAAUGGAAGGUAGAAAUGAGGCUCAAGGUAUUGAUUUUCAUAUAGUAACUUUGAUUUAAUAGUUGUAAUAAGUGAUCAUUAAGUUUCUGGAUUGGAUAUGAUUCACGAAAAUAUAGGUGAUUGCGCUAUAGAAUAUAAAUCUUAUUUUUUGCUGCUG